UAUAAACAAAUCAUAUGCGCCUUUUAAAUUAUAAUUACCUGAUUUGCGUCUUAGUCAACAUCACAAAUAAGAAUAAAAAAACAUACGAAUCAAAAUGGGCUCUCAAUCUCCAACUGUCGUCCACCUGCUCAAGGAGCAAAUCCCAGUGAAACAACAACCUCUUCUUCUCUCCGACAACCUCAAAACUGGUCUCGUCCUCGUCGACCUUGUUAAUGGCUUCUGCACCGUUGGUGCUGGCAAUCUCGCACCGAAAGAACAUGAUGAGAGAAUCUCAAAAAUGGUGGAAGAAUCGGUGAAGCUUUCGAAAAAGUUUGCUCAGAAGAAUUGGCCUAUUUUUGCAUACCUUGAUUGCCAUCACCCGGAUAUUCCGGAACCUCCCUAUCCACCACACUGUCUUAUUGGAUCCGAUGAAGCAAAGUUGGUUCCUGAUCUCCAGUGGUUGGAAAAUGACCCAAAUGCAACACUAAGGUGCAAAGAUUGCAUUGAUGGAUUCAUUGGUUCAUAUGAGAAAGAUGGCUCUAAUGUCUUUGUUGAUUGGGUGAAAAGUAAUCAGAUAAAACAAGUUUUGGUUUGUGGAAUAUGCACUGAUAUAUGCGUGCUUGAUUUUACCUGUUCACUUUUGUCUGCAAGAAAUCGUGGUUUCCUUUCUCCAUUGGAAAAUGUGAUUGUGGCCUCCCAAGCUUGUGCUACUUAUGAUAUUCCACUACAUGUAGCCAAAGCUAGCAAAGAUCUAGUAUCUCAUCCAGAGGCACUAAUGCAUCAUGUUGCCCUUUACAUAGCAUGGGGAAGGGGAGCCCAGAUAGCAUCAGAGGUGUCAUUUGAAUGAAUAAUCGAAAUGGAGUUAAAUGUCGGUAUAUAAAUAAAAAUGAUGUCCAUAUUAUCGUCAAUAACACCAUAUUAGGUGUGGCAUUUAAAAAAACAAUUCGUUCACUGAAAUUGUCUCACGAGGGAAAAGUUUCUCAAGAAGUUUAAUUUUUAAGUUCAUGUUGAUAAUAAUCUCCAGCAAACAGGCACUUAAGUCUUAUCAAUGAUUAAUGUUAUUGGAAUGUGUUUAUACUAGUUAGUGUACUUUAAACUGUACUUUGUAUUUAACCUGUACCCACUAUAGAAUAUAUGUAUAUAAGACCAUUAAUAUUGUGUCAA